ACAAAAAAAAGGUCUUAAUUCGCUCUGAGAGUAGAGAAAUGGAGCAGUCUUUCCAAAUCCUCUGCGCCGCUCUCUCCAUCUUCGCCAUUUUCAAUUCCUCUCCCACAGCUGCUAUUGCUACACUCUCUCCCGGCCAAACUCUCUCGGACGCUCAAGUUCUAUCUUCUCCCGCCCAAAUUUUCGAGCUAGGAUUCUUCACUCCCGCCAAUUCCACUUCCACCGCCAAAUUUUUGGGGAUAUGGUACAGAGCUACACCGGACGUCGUCGUUUGGGUCGCAAACAGACAAAAUCCGAUCACCACCUCACCCGGAGCUCUAACUCUCUCCAAAAACGCCAAUCUGAUUCUCUCCUCAGCACAAGGUGCAAUCGCAUGGUCUUCCAAUUCCUCCACCCCCGCCGCAUCGAGGCCGAUUCUCCGCCUCUUCGACACCGGAAACCUCGUCCUCGCUGAUAAUUCCACCAACAUAUGGACGAGCUUUGAUUACCCUAGCGACACCAGGCUUCCGGGGAUGAAGAUGGUGGACGAUUCCGACGCAGGAUUGGACAAGUAUCUCACAUCGUGGAAAAGCUACGGCGAUCCGUCGCUCGGCGAGUUCAUUUACACGAUCGAGAACCACGGAUUGCCUCAAAUGAGUAUUCUCACGGGGAAGGAGAAGAAGUACCGGACAGGUCCGUGGAAUGGACGGAAUUUCACCGGACUUCCAUUCAUACGCGAUCCAGCUUUUGGUGCUGAAAUUGUUAACGGAAGGUUAGUCUCCUACUCCGAUGCUUACAACAGCUCGAUUUACAUGAGACUGGUGAUGGAUCCGUCGGGAUUGCUCCAGCGUUACAUCAUGAAUGAAGAGAGAGACGGAUGGAUCCUUGCUUUCUCUGUGCCGAGCGAAACUUGCAGUAAUUAUGGUUGGUGUGGUGUUAAUACGGUUUGUAAACCUAAUAAAUCGCCUGUGUGUGAGUGUUUGAAUGGAUUCGCGCCUAAAUCUGAGAGGGAAUGGAGCUCGGCUGCAUGGACGAGUGGAUGUGGUAGAAUUCCUCCGUUGGAUUGCCGGAAGGAGGAUGGAUUCAUGAGGGUUGAUCGUGUCAAGUUCCCCGAUACGUUAAGUUUUCGUGUGGACAAUAGCAUGAGCAUUGGUGAUUGCCAUGAGGAAUGCUUGAGAAACUGCAACUGCUCGGCUUAUGCUGAUCCUUACUUGAGCUUGAGCAAUGAGAGGAAUGAGUGUUUGAUGUGGUUCGGGGACUUGGUUGAUGUCAUGGAGUUCACCGGAGAAGUUAGUACUGGGCCAAGCAUCUACAUUCGCGUGCCUAAAACCACGCUAGAAAAUAUGAGAGGUUGGAAUGAUAGGAAACGUUCUAAGAAGCUUGUGUUUGUUGCAACGGGUGCUAGUUUAGGGAUGCUUUUGUUGAUCUUGUGCUUUGGAGGCUUCAUUUUAAGGAGGAGGAGGAGACGAGCAGCAUUUAAGAAUGAGAAUGAGGAUUUGGAAUUACCUUUGUUUGGAUCGAAAACCAUUGCAGCAGCUACUAACAAUUUUUCGGAUGAAAAUUUGAUUGGAGAAGGCGGUUUUGGUCCUGUUUAUAAGGGAAACUUGUCAGAUGAGCUAGCAAUCGCAGUGAAAAGAAUGUCGAGUGCUUCUGGGCAAGGGCCUCAAGAGUUCAAAAAUGAAGUUAUUUUGAUUGCUAAACUCCAACACAGAAACCUUGUGAGGAUUUUGGGAUGUUGCGUUGAAGGAGAGGAGAAGAUGUUGAUAUAUGAGUACAUGCACAACAAAAGCUUGGAUUAUUUCAUUUUUGAUGAGAACAGCCGUGCAGUGCUGACUUGGCAGAUGCGGUUUGAUAUUAUUAUGGGGAUUGCGCGAGGUCUACUAUACCUUCACCAUGAUUCGAGGCUCAAAAUCAUCCACAGGGAUCUGAAAACGAGCAAUAUCUUGUUGGAUGAGAACUUGAAUGCGAAGAUUUCAGACUUUGGAUUAGCUAGAAUGUUCGAAGGUGAUCAAGUGAUGGCAAGAACAAAGAGAGUCGUUGGGACAUAUGGCUACAUGGCUCCAGAGUACGCCUUCGAUGGAAAGUUCUCUGUGAAGUCGGAUGUAUUCAGCCUCGGAGUAGUAAUAUUGGAGAUAGUGAGUGGGAAAAAGAAUAGAGGAUUCAAGCAUCCUUGUUGCUAUCAGAACCUUCUGGAGCAGGCAUGGCUACUUUGGAAGGAAAAUAGGGAGCUGGAGCUGAUGGAUCCAUGCUAUUCUAGUUCUUGUGUGGAAUGGCAAGUGAAGAGGUGCAUUCAAGUGGGGUUAUUAUGCGUUCAGAACGCAGCAGAGGAGAGGCCGAUGAUGCCGUCUGUGGUAGUCAUGUUGAGCUGUGAGGAUACAGUUUUGGCCGAGCCGAAGAAACCUGGGUUUUUCUUGAACACGAGCCCUAGUUUCUCGGAGAGGAAUACAUCUGGAAGUGAGGAAGGUAGAAGUAGAAGUGCUUCUUCCAUGACUAUUACUGAAGUAGAAGGCAGAUAGUUGUUGAGAGUUGAAACUGAUUUGCUUUAAAAAAUUGGUGUUUUCUAUAGCAAAUAAACAACAAGCUUUGACUGAGGUUCCCAA